AGAAAUCCAAUCUUUCCCGCGCUAUCGAGAAAAUGAAAAUCUGCCACUCUUUCUCUCUCUAACUUUCUCAAGAAAAUCUGGCAUUAUGCGGAUCAGGGAAACUCCUCGAAGAAGAUUGCCUCCCCGUCGUCCCAUUAAUCCGACCCAUGCAAGCUUAUUCUUUUUGGUUGUAAUCUACUUCAUUGGUCUCUGCUUAUUCGUCUAUUCCUUUAUUUGGCUACCUCAAUUUCACACCAUUAUAUGGCGCUAUCGCAAACAAAUUCGAGAUCCCGAUGUUAUUGCCCCCAAAAUCUUCAGGUCUGAUCCGCAUCAAGUCCCAGAUUCCGAUCUUAUUGCCGCCGAAAUCUUCAGGUCUGCGGAGGGAUUCGAGCGGAAGUACGAGGAGAUGGAGAGGAAAUUGAAAGUGUAUGUGUACAGUGAAGAUGAUGAAUACCCUGAUUUAUAUUUCUAUCCGCCUCGGGUUGUAUUUGGAAGAUAUUCCAGUGAAAGUUUCUUCUUUAAGAAUAUCAGGGAGUCUCGGCUUAGGACUUUUGAUAUUGAUGAGGCUAAUCUCUUUCUUAUCCCCAUUUCUUGUCACAAAAUGGUAGAGAAGGUGAGUUCAUCAACUUGUAAUUUAUGUGCAUAA